GAAACCAGAAUUCGGGCAAUGGAUAAGGGCACCAAGAAAAGACUCCAUUCUUUCUCUGUCAUCAGCCCUGUUGCUGGACAAGCUAUGACUCAUAUUUUUUCAGUUGACACUAGAGAAGAUCUUCAGAAGUGGAUAGAAGCCUUCUGGCAGCAUUUCUUUGAUCUUAGCCAAUGGAAGCAUUGUUGUGAAGAACUUAUGAAAAUUGAGAUUAUGUCACCACGGAAACCACCUUUGUUCUUGACAAAAGAGGCGACCUCAGUCUACCAUGAUAUGAGCAUUGAUUCACCUGUGAAACCUGAAAGUUUAACUGACAUAAUACAAAAAAAAAUUGCAGAGACAAAUGGACAGUUCCUUAUUGGUCAGGAUGAAGAGUCCUUACCACCUCCUUGGGCCACUGUCUUUGAUGGUAAUCAUAAAAUGAUCAUCCAGAAAAAGGUGUUGUCCCCUGCCAAGGAGCCUCCACGUGAUGGGAAAAGGAAAAAGAGACAAGCUCCUCUUCCUUCUGAUAAGCCUCCAUUCAGCUUAAAAACACAGUAUAAUACAGAUCAAUUGGUGAAGGACAACGGGGGAAAUACAAGUGUGUUUCGAGGCUUGCCUUUGGAUACCAGACUAUCAACCCUAAUGCAUCACUUACAGAAACCAAUCGUGGCCCCUCAAAAACUUCUUCCUGCCAGGAAAAAUAGUUUAACUGAUGGUGAGCACACAGACACUAAAACCAAUUUUGAAGCUAAGCCAGUGCCAGCUCCAAGGCAGAAAUCCAUCAAAGACGUUUUGGACCCUAGAUCAUGGUUGCAGGCACAAGUAUAG